AGUGAGGAAGAUGGAAUUGCCGCCAUGGAAGGAGAAUGCCGAGCUCGAGGAUAAACUCGCCCCUCUGCUGUCAAUGCCAUCGUCGAUUUGGAUUUCUCGCGAUUCUUCCUUGAUUCCAUUCUCACUCUCUCUCGGUAUCACCAGCAAAACGAGCAUGUCUUAGAUCUGCGUUUCGGUAUUGUUCGCAUCUCUGCCUUUAGGAUAGUAAUCUCUUUGAAUCGGUGAGUGUGUUUCUUUCGAGGCAGAGGGGAGUUUUGUGGAAGUUUGAGUCGUUGUUGAGGAUCAGCUGUUCAAAUACUGGAAUGUUUUCUAGCAGUUCAAUCGAAUUCCUUAUCAAGUGAUUCUGGUGGUUUGAUGAUCGGUUAGAUGUGGAAUGUGUUUGCGUAAAUGGAGAAAUCGAAAGUGAAUUCUAAGAAGUUAGUGAGAUUUUGGUGCUGGAUUGAAGUGAUAAAAGAUCAAGAAACUGUAUUAAGCCGAGGUUUUGGAAUAAUGGCGGUACCAGAAAGUGAAGAGGUUGGUUUUAAGCGCAUUGGAUUCUCAGUUAGUGAUUCUGAUGCAAAUCUUCCUAUCAAGAAAAGGAGAUUUCCGACAGUGCAUUUUUCUCCAUCUCCAUCUGAAGGUAUAUCUUCAUUCCAUCCAGAUGGAAAUUUAUUGAAGAUUGAGCGGCCAUCUCCACCUAAAAAGAACGAUAUUGGGAUGGAGUUGAGUUUCCGGGACCCGGUUUCGGGGGACAUGAAGAUAAGUCCUUGGUAACUGAAAAACACUCCGUUCAUCGAUCACCAGAGAUCUACGGUGGGUUGAAGUUACCAUCAACUGGCGUCGACUCGGAUCCUCUUGGUAGUAACAAAGAGGAAGAAAUUGAUGUAAAAAUGCCUGAAGAAAAGUGCGGCUCUUCAAUUUGUCAAGUUGAAGGAGGAGCUGAAGCAUCAGAGAAAUUGGUUUCUUACCAGAGUGACCUGAAUACGUAGGGUCUGAUUGUGAUGUUUCUCUUUUGCAAUCAAGCAGGGAAAAAUGGGAUCUAAAUACCUCAAUGGAUUCAUAGGCCCUUUUAGGUUGUGAACAUAAAGGCAACUCUAUUAAAGCAUUCAUACCAUCAAAAGAGCAUCUUCAUUUAAGAAUCAAUUCAUCUUCUCCAAAGCCUACACUUGAAGAAGAUCCUUAUGUUUCUGAAUAUGAAUCAGAUGGUAACUGGAAUAUUGCCGAGGUUGAAGACGACGAUGAUGAUAAUAACAUAGAAGAAGACUACGAAGAUGGGGAGGUUCGGGAAUCGAUGCGAAAAGAGGUCCAUGCUUGUGAGAAAAGAGAAAUUGAGCCAUUGGAUCAUGCUGAUUGUGAUGAUAAGAAGAUCAAUUCUGCUGGAUUGCCUGGUCAUGAAUGUUUCACAUUAGGUCCUCUGGAACAGGAAACGAAACCCGAAAAUAAGACUUUAAGAGUGAAGACAAUGUUCAUACUACAACUAAAAGUACAUCUUGUGAGCAAGAACAUGAAGAUCUUUGUGUGAAAGAACUACAUGCCGUAGAGAAUACUAUUGGUGAGGAUGUAAACAGGCCUAUGAAGGCUGCAGGAAGAAGCCAAUUAUCUCAAUAUGUUAAUAAGGAUCUUCUCCAUUCUAAGCAAAUCCACUUGAUGAUGUUCCGGGAAAGAAGGAACUUCUCAUUCCAAAGAAUUGAUUCUAAGUCUCUAGUAAGAUCCCGAUCUCGCUCUCCGAGCCAAUGUCUCUUUGAAAGAUCUGAUAGGUUUUAUGGAUGUCCCGACAUGACACGUCGAAGAUCUCCAAAUUAUAGGACAGACGGGACGAGAUCGCCCGAUCAGCAUCCUAUAUGUGCGCAUAUGACAGGCCAAAGACAAGGAUUCUGUUUCCUUUCACCAUUUGAUGAUUUGAGGAAUCAAACUGAAAGAUUACCUCUUAGAAACAGAAGUUAUGAUGCUAUAGAUCAUCAAGUAAGGAUAGAGAGCAAUGAGCUUUUUGAUGAUCCCGUACGCUCGGGUCAACUGAGCGAGUACAGUGGUGGCGAACCCGAUGACAA